CAUUUUACCAUUAUAACCGAUAUUUAUGUUUGAUUAGUGUACUCGAUUCAGUCAUAUAUACGAAAAAAAAAACCCACUUCAGAAUCAAAAUUGUUUCCUAAUUUCAGAAGAAACUAGAAGUUCUUAUUUUCGAAAUUAGGGAUUUGGGGACUUGAGAAACAGAGGAAGAAGUCAUCUUUGGCGAUCAAAGAGUAAAGACAGUACAUUUUGGGUCGGCUAUAGAAAGAAGAUCGUUGUUGUUGCUAGUUACAAUGUCUCGGCAGAAUCAAUUAUUUACACUGCUUAAGAGAAGCUUUCAUUCACCGUCUAGUGAUGCCCCAACAGAGACCUUAAGGAAAAAGAUAACUGAUUUGCAAAGAAGCAAGAAACGAAGAAACCCAAUAAAGAACCAGUUUCUUGUCGAAGUUCCAGAAUCAAGAUCGUAUUUGGACACAGCAACGAUGCCUAUGUUCCUCGCUGUGGUCGGUAUCGCAUUGUUUGCAAAAGUGUUAAUGAUGAUCGAUGUUUCGAAAUCUCAAGAAAUGAUUGAGCGGAAGAUAAAGAAUGCACCACCAGGGCAAGGCACGGUGAGGAUGAUCGAACGUGAGGAGUGGGAUGAGUUUAGAGAAGUAAGGCCAAGAACACCAUUCGAGUCCAAGCUUGCUCGUCCAAACGCGCAAAUAAGAACCGGAGAGCCUGUGCGCAAGGAUGACUUGAAGAACUGGACUAUAGACGUGCUAACAAAUGCGCUUGCACGAACCGAAGAAAGUGUUCGUCGUGGUUCCAGUUGAUUUUCAUGAACUCUCGUCGAUUCCAUGACGAUCUCCUUCAAGAAACAGUUCUUAUAUGUAUUAUCUGUGUUUUGUUCUGAACAUGAGUGACACUGACCGGUAAUAAAGUAGCAAAUCGAAUUGGAUGCUAGUUCCUCUAUUUCAUUUAAAAAGUGUAGGGAAAACGAUCUAUUUCCCGACGAGAACUAUUAUAUAGCAUCAGAUGCAUACAAACUAAGACCUCGUGCUAUAUAUCUCCAAAAACAAAGUUAAAAACCUCGAUCUUCCUCUAACAAAACUUCAAAACUUAUUUACCCCCAAAAUAAAA